GGGCUCCCCGCGCUGUUCCCGCCCCCGGCGCCUGCGCUCAGAGCCGCUUCCUGGUGGCGGCGGGGCCGGGCCAGUGCCGGGGCGAUGGCGGGGCCGGGGUCGGUGCUGGCGGCAGCCGCGGCGCUGUGGGCGCGGAGGGUGGCGGGCGCCGAGGUGGCGGCGGCGCGUCCCGGGGCGCUGGAGGAGGAGAUCGUGUCCGAGAAGGCGGCGGAGGAGAGUCACCGUCAGGACAGCGCCAACCUGCUCGUUUUCAUCCUGCUGCUCACCCUCACCAUCCUCACCAUCUGGCUCUUCAAGCACCGUCGCGCUCGCUUCCUCCACGAGACCGGGCUGGCCAUGAUCUACGGUGUCCUGGUCGGCGUGGUCCUGCGCUACGGCAUCCACAUCCCCAGUGAUGUCAACAACGUCACUCUGAGCUGCCAAGUGCAGACCAGCCCAGCCACGCUGCUGGUGAAUGUCAGUGGGAAGUUCUACGAGUACAUCCUGAAGGGGGAAAUCAGCACCCAGGAGCUCAACAACGUCCAGGAUAAUGAGAUGCUGAGAAAGGUGACUUUUGAUCCUGAAGUAUUCUUCAACAUUUUGCUUCCUCCCAUUAUAUUUUAUGCAGGCUACAGCUUGAAAAGGAGGCACUUCUUCAGAAACUUGGGAUCCAUCCUGGCAUAUGCUUUCCUCGGCACUGCCAUUUCCUGCGUGGUGAUUGGCUCUGUGGUGUACGGCUGCGUGGCACUGAUGAAAGUCACUGGGCAGCUCGGGGGAGAUUUCUACUUCACUGACUGCCUCCUGUUUGGGGCCAUCGUGUCGGCCACUGACCCAGUGACUGUCCUUGCCAUAUUCCAUGAACUCCAGGUCGAUGUUGAGCUGUAUGCCCUUCUCUUUGGUGAAAGUGUCCUCAAUGAUGCCGUUGCCAUAGUGCUGUCUUCCUCAAUAGUUGCGUAUCAGCCAGCAGGUGACAACAGCCACACGUUUGAUGUCACCGCAAUGUUCAAGUCCAUCGGGAUCUUCCUGGGGAUAUUCAGUGGAUCUUUUGCAAUGGGAGCAGCUACUGGAGUUGUGACAGCUUUAGUCACCAAGUUCACCAAACUUCGUGAAUUCCCAUUGCUGGAGACCGGCUUGUUCUUCUUGAUGUCCUGGAGCACGUUCCUGCUGGCUGAAGCAUGUGGCUUUACAGGUGUGGUGGCUGUGCUCUUCUGUGGGAUCACACAGGCCCAUUAUACCUAUAACAACUUAUCUACAGAGUCCCAACACAGAACUAAGCAGUUGUUUGAGCUUCUGAAUUUCUUGGCAGAAAACUUCAUCUUCUCUUACAUGGGACUUGCACUGUUCACCUUCCAGAACCAUGUCUUUAACCCUACCUUUGUGAUGGGAGCUUUUCUUGCUGUCUUCCUAGGAAGAGCUGCCAAUAUUUACCCAUUGUCAUUUUUACUGAAUUUGGGGAGAAAAAAUAAGAUUGGAAUGAAUUUGCAACACAUGAUGAUGUUUGCUGGGCUGCGCGGAGCCAUGGCCUUCACCCUGGCCAUCCGUGACACGGCCACAUACGCCCGGCAGAUGAUGUUCAGCACCAUCCUGCUCAUUGUCUUCUUCACGGUGUGGGUUUUCGGUGGGGGGACCACAGCCAUGCUGUCCUGCCUCAACAUCCGGGUCGGUGUGGAUGCGGAUCAGGAGAACGUGGGUGUCCCAGAGAGCGAGAGGAGGAGCACAAAGGCUGAAAGCGCUUGGCUUUUCCGCAUGUGCUAUCUAAAGCCUCUCCUGACACACAGUGGUCCCCCACUGACCACCACACUCCCAGGAUGCUGUGGGCCUGUUGCCCAGUGCCUGACGAGCCUGCAGGCGUACGAGAAUCAAGAGCAGCUGAAGGAUGAUGACUCAGACCUCAUUCUGAACGAUGGGGACAUCAGCCUGACGUACGGGGACUCCACAGUGAACACCGACUCGGUGGCGUCCAGCGGCACAUCCCGGCGGUUCGUGGGGAACAGCUUGGAGAAUGCCCUGGACCAGGAGCUGGCUUUUGGGGACCAUGAACUCGUGAUCCGGGGAACACGCCUGGUCCUACCCAUGGACGAUUCGGAGCCCCCAUCAAACAUCCUGGAUAAUGCGAGACAUGGUCCGGCAUAAGGUUGCUCGGUUUAAUUGACAGUAAUAUUUGCAUAUAUGAUCAAGAAGUAUAUACUACCUAAAGUCUAAUGCAUGUCUCAAAAUGUCUAAGCUGUAUAAAUAUUAUUUAUAUGGUGUCAAAAGAAUAUAAAUAUUCUCUGCCAAGCACUUGUAAAGAACAAGCAGCAAAUUUAAGUUAAAAACUGUGUUGACUGCACUAUGUAGGGUGGAACUGUUUUAGCGUAAGAGUAUUUUGCACACAGUGAGCUUCAUUAAUGUGUGAUUUGAUUAAGGGUUUAGUUUCCAGCAGGUGAGUAAAGGAGCUGUGACUCCUUGUUCAUCCUUCAAACCUGGAAAAGGAGGGUAGGGAGUUGCUGGUGAGCCGUGGAAAUUGCUUUCUAGUCCGAUGAGGAUUGUUGAGUUUCUUUUGGUCUCUGAUCUUUGGAUAGUCACGUUUGAAAUAUCAGCAGAAAAUCUGCCCACAGACACUCUUGCCAGGCAGUGGAUGGUGAUAAAUUUGUUUCACUGUGAGAACCUGGAGACUUUCUGCUUUUUAGUGACCCUCUGCCCAAGCCCUGCUUUAGUGGGCUCAUGGCAGACCCCGGCCAAAGCUGACAGCAAGGGCUGCGGAUGUCUGGCUGCUUGGAUGGGAGAAGGAGAGAGGGAUGGCUGGUGUCUGUAGUUGCGUUCAGGAGAAGGAGGUUAUCCCACAGAAACUACACCAGGCAUGCACAGAUUUUAGGUCUGAGUCCAGCUCAAGCAGCUUUCUAGAACCAGUCAUCAAAUUCUCUUUUGGCAACUAAACUUCACAUUUGGGAAGUGGCCAUGUCUUUGCAUGGGUGAAUCCCUGUCCUGCAGUCACAAAUGUAGCCAAGGUGUGCAGAGCUGCUGCAGCUGCACAUGGGGCUGUGGAGCCCAGCCAACCUCAAACUCGAGCUUUAGGGCUGCAGAUCCACAUGGUACCUCUGGAACUCUCCAGAGGCAUCCAUCUGGUACUGAAGGGGAGCCGUCCAUCCGUUCUCCCACAGAGUCAGAAACCAUUGCACUUUUUUUGGUCACUCCUUGUCUUAGUUUGAAAGACAGGUGUCUAUUAGGGAGGGCAGGGCCUCCCUUGGAAUGGAGAAUUCAAACCCCCUCCCUCCAAAUUAUUACAAUUUUGAAAAUUAAGUGGGCUCUCAGGCAAAGAUAUGGGGAUAGGAAUAACAGUUCUUUACUAGUAUGUAUAACAAGGCAAAACAAACAACAACUACAGCAUUAACAACAAAACAGAACCAGGAACCUUGAAGAGCUUUGCUUCACAAAGCCCAGGGUGGUCUGAUCUCGGUGCCCCUGCAGGACUCAGAGCACCAAGCUGGAACGGUGGAAAAUCCCGGGCUGGUGGAUGAGAUAUAUCAGAAGCUCCAUCAGUGGCAGCUGGAACAGCAGGGAUGUCUUGGCAGGGCAGGGCAGUGUGGGGGUACAGCGUAGCAAAAAGCCUCAAAGCAGUGCCAAAGAAGUGGUGGUGGGACAGGGCCGGCCCAGCUCCAGCAGGGCAGGAGGAUUCGAGCUCAGAAUUCCUGGACACAGGAGCAGAUGAUGGUAGAUUUCCCAGGAUCGGACUUGGUGGUGACAGUGAACUCCCACAGCAAGCAAUAGCCUGCCCAUCCUCUCUCUGAUGCCGAGAGCAAGAGAGAGAGCAGCUGCCCCCACCCCCGUCCUUUACUUGCCCCCAAACCUCGAGGUAUCUUUUCCUCUCCAAGAGAAAACUCUCAGAGACCAAAAAAAGGUGUAGCCCAGUGCUGCACUCUCCUUUGGCCACUUCUUUGUUUUCCUCAAGCACCCAUAAAUACUCAGUAGUUAGUUUCCUGAUAACUUAUGGGAAAAAACUGUAAGAAAAAAAAAUGUAACCCCCAACACUCCUUAGCAUGCUGUGUGUCUGCAGUCUCCACCCGACCUUUCUUGUGUCUCUUAUCAUUUAAUGAGAAAUGUUUGCGAGUUGAAUUUUGGUCUUAAUUUACGUUUUUAUUUUUCAAGGAAGAGCACAGAACAAUUUAUGAUUUCACACUAGUGUUAAAAGAUUUGUUCUGUAGUUAUGGGAAUGGCUAAAGGUGCAGUGAAACUGUUAACCCUGACAUCUUUUUUCUCCUGGAAAGGGGGAAUCAUGGAAAUUUACUGUAUGUAAUUUUAUUGUCUAUUUUAUCUACAGUUUUGCUAUACAAACCUUUCAGGGUUACUGGUGCACUACAGAUCCAUUCUGGAGUUAACCCUCUCCAGAGGGCUUAAACAGAGCUAUUUAGAAUGAAAAUGCAUGAAAGAGAGCCAGGUGAGUCUGAGCACUCACAGCUCCCAUUAGCUGUCUUUGGAACAAACUCUGCAUCUCUCAGGAUCUGACCCUGAGACCUCAGAGCAGUGUCCCCACAGCUGUUUUCCCCAGCACCACCUGAGAGUUGGAGACAGAAAGUCCUGAAGUUUCAAGUGUAUAUGAAUAGUUGAGAAAAUAAAUCUACACGGUUGUUUUUUCUUUUUAUCAGGUCUAAGUAACAUUGCCUUAAAUUUAUGGAUGUGAAACGAUAGUUAUUUUGGCAGUUUAUUCCCAAGAAAAUGCUUUCUUUUUCCUUCUGAACAAAAUGUGUAAGUGUUGCCGUAGGACUUCCCUAGAAGGGGGGUAAUGCUCUGUUUAUAUUUGAGUAUAUUUGAGGCAUCUUCCUUGCACCUGUAAAUGGCAUCCCAUUGCUAACAAAGUUGGAUUAGCACUGGCCUUUGUUUCCUACUAUGCAGGAAUUCCAUAAAGUGAGUGUGCAUUUUAUAUGAUGUCUGUAACUUAACUUCAUAUGUUUAAAAAAAACAAAAAAAGGAGGGAAAAAAAAAAAGUAGAAACCUGUUGAUUUUAGGUUUACUGCAUCACUUCUACAUCCUGUUUUUUGUUCGUUCUCUGUUUUUGAAGAGGUAUGAUAAAUAACUACCUCUUGUUUUUUCCUGUAUAGCCUGACUAUGAAUUCAGUUUAAAGAGUUGGUGCAGCUGGAGGUGCAGAACAGUUCUGCUCCCCCAGGGCUCCCUCCCAGGCAUUCCCAGCUGAGAUGCAAAUUUGCUGCAUGGUGGCCAUCAGUUGAUGUUUUCCCAUGGCUGUGGUAGCAUUCCUCUCUUCCUCUGACCCUUUGACUUCAGUAAUUUAUCCACUCAAUGUAAACUUGCCAACACAUUACCCAUAAGCCUCAGCUUUUACACCAAUAACAAUUCAGUUAAGUACAUGAAAGGAAAAAGUUAACCAAUGAUGAUUUUACGGGUUACGUUAUGAUCCAUAUAUAAUAUAACCAGGACUGUUUCGAAUAGCCUUAGUCAAUGAAUUUAUCUAAGCUUAAAUUCAUGAGUGAUUUCAUAAAUUAAUGGGAUUCAUCCUCAGCUGAUUAUUUUCUGUGCUGGGCUGCAGGAGAGCACACAGGAAUGCCUGGUGUGCAGAGGUAGAGCUCUGAUGCUUUGUGCUGCAGAUGGAAUUAAGGGUACCUUGGAGAAUCAGGGCCUGAGACCUUUGCCAAAUAGAUAAGACAGUCCUGAGAAGGCACUUUACAGUCCCCACAAAGAUUUAGAGAAGGUGCCCUUCUUCUGUAAAUUGAAUUUUCAUGGUUUUUGCACAUGAAAAAAGCAUUGUAGGUAAAGUUAUGAUUUGUACUGGCACUGUCGAUUUGUGUGGUAAUGGCAUUAACCCCGUAGCUAUGGGGUUUGUGCAACUGAUCUGUGAUAGCUGAUGAUCACUAUUGGACCUUCUGUUUACACUGACUAAAUCUUUUACUGUUGCAUUGUACUGUGAAAGAAGGAUUAUGGGCCUAUAAAAGAUUUUUUUUUAAAUUUUGUGUACUGUUUCAUUAAUUCACAUAGAAAUAAAUCUGUAGCAAAGUGACAAUGUGCCACUUGACCUUCUGAGACCAGUUUGUUCAUGGCCUUUGGCAGCAGCCACGGAUGCUGGACCCCAAGGACUGGAGGGCAGCUGGGCUGGGGUGCACACUGCCUUCAGCCCAGCUCCUGGGACACACCUUCCUUGCAGGAACAGUGCUGGGGAGCAGAGCCGUGCUGGUUGCCAAAAGCUCCUCCAGGAGUGAUAGGAUGGGGUUAAAAAUGAUUUCUACAUUGCAAGCGACUAAUUACAAGUGGUAGGGGUUAGAAGACACACAGCCUGAAACCUGCCGGGCAACUAGGCCUUGGAACAGAACGUCAGCUUACUGUAACUAGCAUCAUACUAUUGUUUUAACUGAAUCGAGUGUGACUUGAGUCCAGGAGAUAAUUAGGGAAGAAUUGUCUUAACCAAAUCAAGUAUAACUUAGAGGAAAAAUAGGUAUGAUUUGUGAUAGUAACUAAGGAUCAGAGGAGUUGGUAGUUAGGGGUGGGUGUUAAUUAACAUAUGUAUAACAUGAAGGUAUAAAAUCACAAAGCAACUUUGUACUCUCAAGCACUGAUCUGGGCUUUUGCAAGCCCCCUGCCCCCGUGUGCUCUAAUAAAGAACCGACAUAUGAUCAC